CAGGAAACGCUCAGUUGAGAGAAAUUGAAACUUAAGUGUUGUUCAGCUGUUGUCUGGCUGUAUCCUGUGUUUGUGCGGUGUAAUGGCAGAAUCCAGUAUUCCAGUGGCUCGGGAUCAGUUCAGCUGUUCAAUCUGUUUGGAUCUACUGAAGGAUCCAGUGACCAUCACCUGUGGACACAGUUACUGUAUGAUCUGCAUUACAGACUGCUGGAAUAAAGAUGAUCAGAAGAGAGUUUACAGCUGCCCUCAGUGCAGACAGACCUUCACUCCAAGACCUGCUUUAAACAAGAAUGUGAUGCUGGCUGAAAUGGUGGAAACACUGAAGACAAAAGGUCAAACAGCUCGUCCUGCUCUCAGUUAUGCUGGACCUGGAGAUGUGGAGUGUGACUUCUGCACUGGAAGGAAACGCAAAGCUGUAAAGUCCUGUCUGAUGUGUCUCGAAUCAUACUGUCAAAGUCACUUUGUGUGUCAUGAAGAAUCUCCUUUAAGGAAACGACACAAAGUGACUGAUGCCACUGCACGACUGCAGGAAAGGAUCUGCCCUCAACAUGAAAGACUGAUGGAGGUUUACUGUCGUACUGACCAGUGCUGUAUUUGUUUACUGUGUAUGAUGGAAGACCACAAAAAUCACGAUACUGUUACAGCUGAAGCAGAGAGGACAGAGAAACAGAAACAAGCUGAAAAGAUACAAGAAAAAUUCCAGCAGAGAGUCCAAAAGAGACAGAAAGAGCAUCAGGAGUUAAGAGAGGCAAUGGACAUCCACAAAAGCUCUGCACAGUCAACAGUGGAGUACAGUGAGAAGAUCUUUACUAAACUGAUCCACUUUAUCAAGAAAAGCCGAUCUGAGGUGACACAGAUGAUCAGAGAUCAGGAAAAGGAUGCAGUGAGUCGAGCUGAAGAACGGCUGGAGCAACUGGAGCAGGAGAUUGAUGAUCUGGAGAGGGGAGAAGCUGAGCUGGACCAACUUGCCCUCACUGACGAUCACAUACAUUACCUGCAGAGCUUCCAGUCUCUCUCUGAACCUCUGGAAUCCACAGAUGUAUCCAGAGUUAUUGUCCAUUCUGUCCUCUCUUACGUAGAAGUGAAGAAACCUGUCUCGAAACUGAAAGAACAACUAGAGAAGUCCUGCAAAGAAGAGAUGAAAAAAAUAUCUGGUCAAGUAACAAACAUCAACAUUUCCUAUAAUGAACCCAAGACUAUGUCGCCGAUAUACUACGAUCGCAUCAGCGAAGAAUCAGACUCCUCUUCAGAUUAUUGAUGAACAAAGAGCCAAAUUCCGAAUCAACACUCAGAUCAACUCAGAUCAUCUUCCAUUUGGGAUGCCAUUCACCCUAGAAAACCCCAGAUGAUCCUAAAGGGAAAACAUAGUCAAUGAUAGGCAGAAUUCACCCAAGACUAAUGGUCAAAAAAGGACAAGACAUCGUGACUCACACGAAGAAAACACAAAGAUAACGUUGAAAAGGUUGUUUGAUCUAUAGAUACAGAAAAGACUUUCUUAAAAAGCCUUAUUAAAAACCCAAAAGAUUCAAACAACCAGUAUCAACGUAGGCAGACAAUGAGAUGUAUACUCUGAAAAGAAAUAAAAUGUCCACACACUGAAGUUAUAGCUCCGUCCGUAGCCUACAGUAUAUAUUAACAAAAAAAUGAACAGCGAAACGUUUUGACAGAUCAGGAGCUUGCCUUAUGAAAACCUGAUCGGUCAAAACGUUGCACUAUUAAUAAAUAAAUGCUGUAUGGAGCUGUAACUUCAGUGAGUGGAGAGCAGACAUUUUAUUUUUUUCCUGCAUCUGAGCCCAAUUUGGGUAUAGGAUGUGCUCACCUUUUUGUAAUUUUCGACUCUACAAUAUGUGUCUUCUGAAUGUAGUCCAUCAUCCAGUCCUGGUUUCAGCGAGAGACGGAUACCUCGUGGUUGUUCUUUAUUAUCUGAACUGAACUACACAGUUAAGUCACACUAGAAAAACUCAAGUGUUGAGUUUUGUCUCUGAAACACCAGGAAACUUUCAGCUCUUCAUUUCAAACACAACAAAACAAGUGUUGUUAACCCACUAUUACAGAACAUUUAAAACUUUCCAUAAAAACUAAGUAACGGAAUUAGUUACUUUUUUAGGGUGUAACACUAUAAUGGAUUACUUUUAAGAUUAACUUUCCCCAACACUGUUCAUAAGCAACAAUCAGAAAACAUAUAAAACAGUCAUUGAUCAUUGAGGAAUCUAUGCAUGCAUCAAACUUUUAUACUAACAUGUAAAUUCUGUAUCAUUUUAUAUUGUGGACUGUACAUAAACAUGUGAUGUGAAAUGGCCUGGACAAUACUAAA